AGAGAAAGACAUCCCCCUAACUCCUCAAGUAGGGCUCGUGUAUCAAACGGAGUGAGAGAGAGGAGGGACGCAGAGAGGUCUGGGAUAUUUCUAAAGAGCGGAGGCCUAAACGGCUGUCAGAGACGACAGCGUUCCUUUCAGAUACGGAGGACUGACUCCAGUCACGACUGGGCGGAGGGAGCCGACACUCCAAGUGACCCCGACGGACGAGCGAGGCUGCAGAGAACACGGCAGGAGAUUACCACCAGAUCUACAUAACACCAUCACUACACUCAACUAACACCGGGGACAGAUCUCAGCCAAUACAGGCCAGCUUACAAGUGAGGACCCAGACAGGCAGGUCUGAGGGGAAGGACAAGAGAAAACCUGCAAAAAGCCUAUGAAAGUUGGCCAUCAGCUUGGAUAAGCGGUUAGCUGAAGGAGACUACCACUGCCACAGCGAGAAGGGAAGAGAACCCGGGGAAGAGAACCGGCUGGGAACAGAAAGAGGCUCUGCCAGGCCCCGCGUCAAUAUCAUCAUGAGUAUGAUCGGCACCCUGGAGAAGGGGGCGCACCACCAGGCCCUGGACCUGUCUGAGGAGCUGUCUCCCCACCACCACCACCAUCACCACCACCUCCAGCAUUCCAACUCCAUGGCCUCCACUGCCCCUGCGGGAUCUCCCUCCGGCGUGGUGGUGCCGCCCCCGUACUCCGCAGCCGAGAGCGGGGGAACCGUCAGCGACGCCCCCCUGGAGCUCCGGGGCUCUCUGGACUGCUGGGCGUGCUCGGUGCUGGUGACGGCCCAGAACCUGGUGAUUGCUGGGAUCAACGCCUGCCUAGCCGGACUGGUGUUCGGACUCAUCCUGACGCCCGCCAUCGUCAUGGUGGUCUUCGGGUUCCUCUGUCACUCUACGGUGCGUCCUCACGGGACCUCCCGCUACUGUUCGGACCUGCUGAGCGACGGAGGCUGCGUGGCCCUCCUGGUGGUGGGUUUCCUCCUGGUCACGCCCCUCCUGGUCCUGGCUCUGGCCGCUUACUGUCGUCUGGCCCGCCACCUCCAGCUGGGCCUCUGCUUCAUACCGUACUCCAGGGCCGUCUACAAGAACCUGCCCGCCACACAGCACCGGGGCCUGGCCGGAGGCUGCUGCGGAGGGGCCAGCGGGGCUGGAGGGGAGGGAGCCAGGAAGGGAAAGGUCUGGGUGUAAGGCGAGGGAGGGAACAGAGCCUAAAGGAGGGAGGACAGAAUGUAAGAAGGGUAGAAUGGCGUUAGAAAAGGGAGGAGGACAAACGUCACAGGUCACAUCUGUGGAGCCUACAGUACCACAGGUUAAUGAACAGUGUAACCCACUCCUUUGGGAGGAAAACAUACGUCCUGCCUGACUUCAAACCCCCGUCACACCAGGCCAAUUUAAGGUAAAAGUCGACUUUCAACUUUUGUAACAGAUUGAUAGUAAUACUAAAAUGAACAGCAGUGUCUUAGAGGCACUGGGCAGGACGGAGUACAAGUCAACAGCAUACAUCUCAACCACACUGAAAGCUAUGUUUCGUUUCCUCAGUGAAACACUGGACAUUGUGUUAAACGGUUAAACGUGAAGACUGUCACUGUUUUGUGUUCAUUAAGUUAACAUUGGAUUCAACACAAUAUAUUUAAGCAUUUAUCCACUGUACAGGACCUAUAUCUUUGUUUACUAUUGUUUUGUCCAGUUAAUUAACUACAAUGAGUUAAAGAAUAAACAUACUAACUACUGUUGCCACGAAUACUACUGUUUCUUAUACGCAUUCUAGUAUUUUUUUCAAAUAUAACCUACUUGAAAUCAA